AUGAAUUUUCGUUUCAGUAAAAUGCCAGCGAUUCUAGUGACGGGUGGGGCUGGGUACGUGGGCUCACAUACCGUGGUCACGCUGUUGGAGCAGGAAGACAUUGAUGAAAUCGUCGUGGUGGAUAAUCUAUGUAAUAGUUAUCGACAUGACAGUGACAAGAAACCAGUCGCACUUCGCAGGAUUGAAGAGAUGACAGGAAGAACAUUACAUUUCUACCCAAUAGAUUUAAGUGACCAGAAAGCGCUCGCCAAAGUUUUUGAAAAUCACAAAAUCGAGUGUGUAAUUCACUUCGCAGCGCUUAAAGCGGUCGGCGAAUCUGUAGACAAACCACUCGAAUACUACCAAGCUAAUAUUACUGGUACCUGUACCUUGAUUGAGGUUAUGCGUAAAUAUAAUGUACAUAAACUGAUAUACAGUUCAUCCUGUACGGUAUAUGGGGAACCGCAGAGGUUGCCUUUGGAUGAGUCUCACCCAACCGGACAAGGUAUAUCCAGUCCGUACGGAAGGACCAAAUAUUUCUGUGAGGAGAUUAUGAAGGAUCUAUGCAAUAGUGAUCAGAAAUGGCAAAUAAUAUCUCUCAGAUAUUUCAACCCAGUUGGAGCACACCCCAGUGGUCGGAUUGGAGAAGACCCUGCCGGUAUACCUAACAAUUUGAUGCCUUUUAUAUCACAGGUUGCUGUAGGUCGGUUAUCAGAAUUGAUGGUGUUUGGUGAUGAUUAUCCCACUGUGGACGGGUCCGGGGUCCGAGAUUAUAUUCAUGUGCAGGAUUUGGCUGUAGGCCAUGUCAAGGCUAUGAAGCUGUUCCAGAAGGAUGGCUUCAGCGGAUUUCGAGCUGUUAAUUUAGGUACCGGAACCGGAUAUUCCGUCCUCCAAAUGAUUUCCGCUUUCGAAGCGGCGUCCGGUCGUAAAAUUCCGUAUAAAAUUGUCAAUCGACGUGCUGGGGAUAUAGCUGCAAAUUACGCGGAUGUCUCGCUCGCACAAAGCCUUUUGGGCUGGAGCGCGACAAAGACAGUCGAUGAUAUGUGUAGAGAUACGUGGAAUUGGCAGAGUCGCAACCCUCAAGGGUAUAAAUGUUAA